AAACCUGCACUGACUGCAUAAUACACGUACUUUUAACACGUUAACACGCUGUUAUUACACAUUUUUACACGGAUCAGGUGUUUUUAUGAGGUGCAAUUUGCUGACAAAAUACCCGAAGAAAAGCACGGUCCAUGUAAUCGCUCGGGACACAAUCAGGGUGUUAACUAACGCGUCGAAUUAUCCGUAACCGAGUUUUUAUUAUUCCAGCACGUUACAUCGGCCUGCAACGCGCUCCUUUGUUUGUCUAUCAUCUUUUUGGCGCGACGGCUAUUUUGAUUGACUGCUGUGUACUGUGCACGGUGUACUGUGUGUAGAGUGCGGUGAAUCAUUCGUACAUGCUGAGGAAAUAGCCGAUUCGUACAAGCGCAUUGUAUGGAUCCGCAUUGAGCGCAUUCCUCGGUCAAACCGGUUUGUGAGUGGCUCAGGGAAAUAGCCGAUUCGUACAAGUGUGUCGUACGUGUGCUGCACCGUGUCCUCAUUGAGCGCGUUCCUCGGCUAAACCGGUUUGUGAGUGCCGCAGGGAAAUAGCCGAUUCGUACAAGUGUGUCGUACGUGUGCUGCAUUGAGCGCACUCCUCGGUUGUACGCUCUGUCUGAUUGGCAUCGCUCAGAGCGGAUCAGUCAACACACCUGUACGAUGAUGAUGACUCUGUGUGUGUGUGCACGGCUAGAUAAACUUGAAACCUCGUUUUUUUCACUGUUUCAGCAGCAAAACGCGUUGAUUUUUCCCAUCAGGGCGCACUUAGCCGAGCCGCUGUGUAUACCGUGCUGUGUUGACUUUGUGUGCGUAAACUACCUGUAAUCGGAUCGUCUGUAUGUGCAGAUCGCCUGCAUUUUUUUGGCAUUCCAUUCUUCGAGUUUUUGCAUCGCCGUAAUGUAGGCGCUGACCGAUCGCUUUUCAAUUGAUUUUUUUUCUUGAUUUAUUGGAGUCACUUGUUGCGCGCGCACUGUUUCUCCGUGGGAAUAAUUUAUUUUUACCAUGGCGCCGGAUUACGAGAUGAAAGAUGUUACGAAUCCACCGCCACCUUAUCUGGCCACGCCGGAGAAGAAGACGCCACUCUGGAAGCAAUGGAUGCGCGAUUACGUGGACUCCUUCAAGCCGAUGCACCGCCCCGAACACCCCCACGCUCACCUCCCCACGGUGACCGGGCAGACGGCGGCCGGCGAUCCGGAGAAGCACCCGGACGUCACGCCACCCUCCAGCGGGAGUAUCGGCCUGAAGCUGGUCCUUAAGAACCGUCACAUGCAGAUGAUCGCCAUUGGCGGCGCCAUCGGCACCGGUCUGUUCAUCGGCUCAGGCGGAGUCCUCUCCGACGGCGGCCCGGCCUCCCUCCUCAUCGGCUUCAUCCUGAUCGGGAUGAUGCUUUUCAACGUGGUGAUGGCGCUGGGCGAACUGGCCGUGUUAUACCCCAUCGCCGGCUCCUUCAACGUCUACGCCAGCCGCUUCAUCGACCCGGCAUGGGGCUUCGCCAUGGGCUGGAACUAUGCGCUGCAGUGGCUGGUGGUCCUCCCGCUGGAGCUCACCGCGGCCGCCAUCACCAUCGACUACUGGACGGAGAAGAGCAUCAACUCGGGCAUCUGGAUCGCCGCGUUCCUGCUCGGGGUCAUCGUUAUUAAUUUCUUCGGGGUGCGCGGGUAUGGCGAAGCGGAGUUUAUCUUCUCCAUGAUCAAGGUGGCGGCGGUCAUUGGGUUCAUUAUUCUGGGGGUGGUGAUUGACUGCGGUGGGGCGCCGAAGGGCGGAUAUCGCGGAGCCGAUACAUGGUACGACCCGGGUGCCUUUAACAACGGCUUCAAGGGUUUCUGCGCGGUAUUCGUGACGGCGGCCUUCGCCUUCGGCGGCACGGAGAUGGUCGGCCUGGCCGCCGCCGAGUCGCAUAACCCGCGCAAAACCCUGCCGCGCGCCACCAAGCAGGUCUUCUGGCGCAUCACCAUCUUCUACGUCAUCUCCCUGUUCCUCGUGGGGCUCCUGGUGCCCUAUGACCACCCGCGGCUCCUCAACAAGAAAUCCGCCUACGACGCCGCCGCCUCGCCCUUCGUCAUCGCCAUCGAGGACGCCGGUAUCAAAGUCCUCCCGUCCAUCUUCAACGCCGUCAUCCUGGUGUCGGUGUUGUCGGUGGGCAACUCAGCCGUGUACGGCUCGUCACGGACCCUUUCGGCCAUGGCCCACCAGGGCCAGGCACCAAAGUUCCUGGGCUACAUUGACCGGCAGGGUCGUCCGCUCUUCGCCAUCAUCCUGGCGUUGACCCUCGGACUCCUGGCCUUCGUCAACGAGAGCGCCCAUUCCACCGACAUCUUCAACUGGUUGCUGGCCAUCUCCGGGUUGUCGACUAUCUUCACCUGGAUGUCCAUCUGUUGGGCGCAUAUUCGGUUCCGACAGGCAUGGAAAGCUCAGGGUCACACGCUGGACGAACUGCCGUUCCGCGCGACGUUCGGCGUCUGGGGCUCGGUGUACGGAAUGGGCUUCAACAUCCUGAUCCUCAUCGCGCAGUUCUACGUGGCCGUGUCGCCGUUGAAAGGCGAACCGUCCGCCGCCGAUUUCUUCAGCGCGUAUUUGGCCGCGCCCAUCGUCUUGGCGUUCUACGUGGUGUGGAAGCUAAUCAAACGGACCCCGUUCAUGGUGACAACGAAGGGGAAUAAAGAGGGCUUCUGGCUCUUCCGCACGGAGACCAUCGAUCUGAUGAGCGGGCGACGGGAUCUGGAUCUGAAGGAGAUCCUGGCGGAGGAGCGGGCGCGGCAUGCGGAGCUACCGGCGUGGAAGCGCUUCUAUAUCCAUAUUUGUGGUUAAGAGUCCUGGAAUGGAAGCGGAAUGAUCUCGACAGUAUUCGGGGUGGAAAAGCGGGGAGGCGCAUGUUGUAACUUUUCGAGUUUAUAUAUUUUAUCUUUGAACUUUUCUUCUGACUCGAGAAAUUUAAUUUGCCUUCACUGAAAAGUUUUUAAAUGCUUGCAGCAGUUGGUCUGUGACUCUCUCAUAAUGCCUUCAUGUAGAGCUUGAUAAUAUUUAUUUUACAAAUGGGUUCGAAACGUUUCGAACCGAAAAUAGUAUCAAGGUCUUAGGUUGGGAAUACGAAAUCUACAGUAAAACAAAUAUGACAUUAAUAAACUUCCGUGAGUCUCA